AUGAUCUACUACUACUACCCCAUCAUAGUUUUGAUCUACCUACCGUAUGCUGCUCUGGGAGCAACAGCAACAAAAAUCGCGUUGUUCCCAUCGACCGGCUGUUUCAGUCAUGAUGUAAUGAUGAAACAGGUCGGCUCCCAACUCGACGAGAAUAGCAACAAUAUCACAUGGAUUCAAACUUAUCUCUACGAAUUCGGUUACGGUGAAAUGCCACUUCCAGACCACUGGAAUCGGAUGUCUAUAGUGGGGAUCGAUGAGCGAGCCAACUACCUCCAGGAGAACACGGGACGACUAAUAUGGCGCCAAAAUGUGCCUUUCGAUUUCGACAGGCCUUUCAACAUACAGGGCAUCAAGGAUUUCGUGGUAAUGCUGCAACGUCACCAGGAGUACUGUACGGUGAUGCUGGACGACCCGAGAUAUCAGAGAUUACGGAAUGAGAACGUGUCGGUCGCCGUGUUGGAUCACUUUUUACAGGAAUGCAUGGGCGGUCUAGCCCAUCUCCUCAACGCCUCAGUCAUUCAAUUUUCCAACUGGCCACUAUCCGACGGCUACGUCACAUCUUUAAAUCUUCCAGCCUCGCCCGCUUCGGUACCCAAAACUGGCACUCGUAACUCAAGUAACAUGAUGACAUUUUUGGAGAGAUGCCAGAAUGUUCUGUUCCACAUUGCCAUAUUGGUGACACGUUUUGUUCAAAUGAACACACUUGAUGCAAUGUUUGCCAAGAGAAAUUAUCCAUGGAUCCAAGUAGAGCUCAACGAAGCCCAACGUCCAAUAUUUGCUAGUCGAGCCGAGAUGAUCUUCGAGCCGAUUCGACCAAUCAAUAACAGAAUCAAAUUUUUCGGUGCGGCAUCGACGAUGUCACCCGAAAACUACAUCAGCUCCGCCCCUUUCCCGGCUACCGUAUCGUUCUCCGACGCCGUCAUCCUUCAAUCCAACACAUCCAACAUGUCGACAGAGUGUGCCACGUGUCACCAGUCUUCAAAAAUUAGAAGACGUCAAUGGCUAUUCAACAAGCUACACGAUCGUACUGUAGUUUAUCAGCGUCAGGAGGAGAUGAGAUCGAAAUAUUUAUCGAUUGAUUGGGAUCGGGUUCACCGUGAGAAAUUUGUGUUGGUCACGUUUGGAAGUGUCGCCCAAGUCGAUAAAAUCCAUUUUGAUCUACUCAAAUCCCUCCUGGAGACCUUCUCGAAACAACCAGGUCUAAUAAUUUGGCAAUCGAAUUUAUCGAUUGACGAGAUCAAAUCAAUCCAUAAUUUGACAGUACCCCCAAACGUGAUGGUCAGCUCAUGGGUGCCUAUAAAAGAGCUCUUGGCUCAUGACAACAUUGAAUUCUUGAUUUGUCAUGGAGGAAUCAAUACUGUAAAUGAGCUCGCGUUAUUUGGAGUCCCUGUUCUUGGAGUGCCUUUGCAGGGCGAUCAGGCAUCGAAUUUGGCGAGAGUCGUGGAUUUGGGAGCCGCUGAAUUGAUGACAAUUAUAGAGUUGAAUGAGGGGAAGUUGGAUGAAAUGAUGGGAAAGAUGAGGAUGAAUUUGGAGAGAUACUGGUUGCGAAGCGAGAAGCUAGCCAAGAUGCUUGCACACCAUCGUCAAUUCCACACCGGUUAUCAAAAGUUCUGGCUGAAUUGGGUCGCCCGUCACGGGAAGCGGAUAGAGACAAAGCGAUUUGUCAGAUAUCAAUACUUGGGAGAUGUCGACAAUCGACUAUGGAUCACUAUACUUGGUUCGAUAGCGGUUUUGAUCUACUUAGCAUCUUUUUAG